UUCAGAGCUAAGUGACCACGUGUUUAUCCAUGAUGGAGAGACUUUUUCUCAUCCUUUAUCUCAAUAGUCUUAUACUAUUGGACGUAUCCGUCCUGCAAGAGAUUUCACGCAAUUAUUACAUGAUCCUGACGAAGAAGUCGUGGUCUGAUGCACAGAUUUACUGCAGGAUGAUGUACACUGACCUGGCAAUCAUCAUCACUGAUGUCGAUUUAUUACAAAUUAAGAAAGAGGCAGUAAGACAAAAACUGGCCACAUAUGCCUGGAUCGGAUUGUACAAUGAUGCCAAUAGUUGGCGCUGGUCCUUAAAUGAGGUCCUGCUGAAGAACAGCAUUUUUACCAAUUGGAAGCUUGGAGAGCCGAAUAAUUACGCUGCGAAGGAAUCGUGUUGUGUAAUAAUGAAUACAACUGGAUACUGGGCUGAUAAACCAUGUGCAGAUCUAAAGCCUUUCAUAUGCUACGACGAUAAUCUCAGUGGUGCUGACAGGUUUAUCGGUGUGGCUAGUCCUCUCCUAAACUGGGCUAGAGCUCAGAGUUACUGCCGAACACAUUACACAGACCUCGCCAGCUCUCUUAACAGCUCAGAUAAUGACUUCAUAACACAGGUGAUGACUAUCCAGGGGGAUUCCUGGUUUGGGCUGUACAGAGAGACAUGGAAGUGGUUAAACAACACCAAGACCUCAAAACUCCCAUGGUAUACUGCACAACCCAAUAAUGUUUAUGGCUCAGAUAACUGUGGAGCAUUCUAUAAAGGGCUGUACGUUGAUGAACCAUGCACUGCUCUGUACUAUUUCUUCUGUUACACCAAUUCCCCCGUGAGAAAACAGGUGAUGAGGCUGCAGGUGAAGUCUGAUGGAAGUGUGUUUGAUCCUGCUGUGCAGUCGUCCAUUUUAGAGCAGGUGAGUCCCUGAAAUUUGGUGAGUUUCCACUUUCUUACUGCUCACCUGCACACAUUUUAGUUAUUCUCAAGAAUGCUGCUCUAAUAUCAGUUUUCUUGUAUGUUUUA